ACUCCUCAGAAUCCACCACUUGUCUUCUUCACAACCUAGUACUUCCCCAUCACCAAAACCUCUUCAAAACAUCCCCAACUCCGAUCAUAACCUUAAAAACACCCAACUCAUCAAACUCUCCAAAACAAACCAAACAAUGUCAGGCGGAGUCGGUCCAACCUGUAAUGACAUAGGUCUUCCAAGAGAACAAGAACAAGAACAAAAACUCCACGAAGACCUAACUUCCCUGAAAAAAUCUCAACACUCUUCCCCAUCAAAAAAAGCUGCCUUCUUCAGCUUCACCCAGUUAAACUCCUUAGCUGUGAUCAUCGUCCUCGCCGCGAGCGGCAUGGUAAGCUUCCAAGACUUCGCUUUCGUUGUCUUCUCCAUGUUUUACGUUUACUUCAUCUCCAAGUUUGCAUUUCCUCGUCUUGAGCCAUCAAAUAAUUCUCCAGUUUUUGACUUCAAAAACAAGAUUUUGAAACUUUACGUCUUAACCGGCGCAGUAAUCGGGUUAUUUCUCCCCAUAGCUUAUAUUUUUGAAGGGAUUUUUGAGGGUGAUAAGGAGGGGAUUAGGGGGGCAGCGCCCCAUGUGUUUUUACUAGCGAGUCAGGUUUUUAUGGAAGGAGUGGCGUUUUCUGAUAAGUUUGCAUUACCUGUGAGGGUAUUUGUGCCUGUUUUUUAUAAUUCGAGGAGGAUUUUUACUAUUGUGGAAUGGUUGAGGAGUGAAAUGUCUGUGAAAGUUGAUGAGAAGUAUAGAGGAUCUGCCGAGAGAUUGUAUGUUGGAAGAGCUCUUGCUUUGGCUAAUAUGGCGUUUUGGUGCUUCAAUCUUUUUGGGUUUUUGUUGCCUGUUUAUCUUCCUAAAGCUUUUAAGAAGUAUUACUCUUCUGGUUAUAAGGUUAAAGAUUAAUGUUUUUUCUUCUUCUUUUGGGGUGUAAGUUUGUGAAAAAGAAAAAAAGGAAAUAGUAGAAUAAAAUGUUUGCUUGUACUAAUUACUUUAUGUUUAACAUUUUAAGUUCAUAAA